UAUCGCGAGAAACCGAAAAAUUAGUAGUUUUAAUUUUAGAACGAGGAAGAAAAAUAAAAAUGGAAACAAAAGGUAGAAAUGGGGUCCACUCCAGCAAGCGUAAGCAAUCACUGACCGACCGAGCUCUCUCCUCUCCUCAACGGCACACCUCAUUCUUCUUCAAAUCUCCGCCACCAAAAAAAUAAGAUUUUUUCUUACCAUGAUCUUGUAAAUUUGACCAGGAGAAGCAAUGGCAAUGGCGGCAUUCUCCUCCCACAUCCCCACCCGCUCCUUCCAUUUCCAUACCCCCACUUACCACUCCCAUCAUCACCAACCCAUCACCCGCCGUGUCUCCACUACUCCCGCCACUCCCAGUUCGAAGCUCUACGCUUCCAAUCUCUCCCGGAGAAAACUUUCUUUCUACCCAUUUCUAACUCCCUUCCUUUUCUCGUCCCCUGCUCGUGGCGGUGGCAUUGGAAGCGGCGGCCGUGGUGGAGGAGGAGAUGGUUCUGGCGGCGGGGGAGGCGGUGAUGACGCUGGAUCCCGGAACCAGGCCGAGUCUCUUCUCGCAUUGGCUGAGGCGGAUAGGACGCUGGAGAGCUUGCCCAAGGACCUGGCUGCUGCAAUUGAGGCAGGGAGGGUGCCGGGGGCUAUUGUCCGAAGGUUCUUUGAGCUUGAGAAGUCGCCAAUCCUCCGGUGGUUGCUUCAGUUUGGAGGAUUCAAGGAACGUCUGCUUGCUGAUGACUUGUUCUUGGCAAAGGUUGCAAUGGAGUGUGGCGUUGGUAUCUUUACCAAGACAGCUGCAGAGCUGGAAAAACGUAGAGAAAAUUUCAGCAAGGAACUGGAUUUUGUCUUCGCCGAUGUGGUAAUGGCCAUCAUAGCAGAUUUUAUGCUUGUGUGGCUUCCUGCACCAACUGUUGCUCUACGUCCUCCCCUGGCAGUUAGUGCUGGAGCGAUUUCCACGUUCUUCUACAGCUGUCCUGACAAUGCCUUUCAGGUGGCUUUAGCUGGUACAUCGUAUUCACUUGUGCAGAGAUUAGGUGCAAUUGUGCGGAAUGGAGCGAAGCUCUUUCUGGUUGGGACUAGUGCAUCUCUGAUUGGUGUAGGUGUAACAAACACAUUGAUCAAUCUCCGGAAAGCGGUGGACAAGUCUUUCGCUGGUGAAGCAGAGGACAUGCCAAUCCUAUCAACUAGUGCUGCCUACGGUGUCUAUAUGUCCGUCUCUAGCAACUUGAGGUACCAAGUUCUAGCGGGGGUUAUAGAACAGCGAAUCCUGGAGCCUUUGCUGCAUGAACAGAAGGUGUUACUGAGUGCAAUCUGCUUCGUGUUUCGAACCGGAAACACAUUCUUGGGAUCAUUAAUGUGGGUUGAUUAUGCUCGAUGGAUCGGGAUACAAAGACAACGUAAAUGAAGCCUAGGUUGAUCGUUAUGCGGCGAUAUUUAUUUGUUACGGAUUUCAUUUUGGAACUGUUUUUAGCAGUUGAAAAUUACGUGCCGGAACCCUCUGAUCGAUGGGCUUUUGUUGUUUUCCUGCGGAAAUUGUAAAGUCAAGCGCAUGACUGACUUGUGAUAAAUUUCACCACUUGUAUCACCGGCUACUAUGAUCCUACGAUUAUGAUAAAUUUCUGUCACUUCCUAGAUCAUGGUAUAAUCUUUUUUACUAUCAUGGU